UUGCUUUAUUUCUUACUCUCUCCUCUCCCCUCUAAGCAAUGUCCUUCACCAUUUCAUUACUUUCUUUGACUUUGAGCUCCUUCCGUCUUCUUCUCGUUUUAAUAUCAUGUUUCUCCGGAGGAUAUUCAUCAUCUUCCUCAUCCGCUGCUCCCACUAGGAUUGGCAAAGGCUACCGUUUGAUCUCCAUUGAAGACACCUCUGACGGUGGCUUCUUGGGUCACCUUCAGGUUAACCAAAAGAACAACUUUUAUGGUCCUGAUAUUCCUCUCUUGCAACUCUAUGUCAAACAUGAGAGUGAAAAUCGUUUGAGGGUGCACAUAACAGACGCAGAGAAGCAGAGAUGGGAAGUUCCAUACAAUCUUUUGCCAAGAGACCAACCACCUAAACCGAAACAAGCUAUUGGGAGAUCGAGAAAGAAGCCUAUAAGUGUGUUAGAGAUUGCAGGGUCUGAGCUGAUAUUCCUCCACACAGUUGACCCUUUUAGCUUUGCGGUAACAAGGAGAUCCAAUGGGCAGACCCUUUUUAAUUCCAGCUCAGGUGGAGGAGACUCAUUCGGAGAAAUGGUGUUCAAAGACCAGUACUUGGAGAUUUCCACUCAGUUGCCUGAAGACGCUUCACUGUAUGGACUUGGAGAGAACACACAACCUCAUGGAAUCAAGCUGUAUCCAAAUGACCCUUAUACAUUGUACACAACCGAUGUGUCAGCCAUUAAUCUCAACACUGAUUUGUAUGGGUCCCACCCUGUUUAUAUGGAGUUGAGGAAUGUGGGUGAUAAGCCAUAUGCGCAUGCUGUUCUCUUGUUGAACAGCAAUGGCAUGGAUGUGUUUUACAGAGGAAAUUCACUGACUUAUAAGCUUAUUGGUGGUGUUUUCGACUUUUACUUCUUUGUAGGACCCACUCCCCUCGACGUUGUUGAUCAAUACACCUCAUUUAUCGGCAGGCCUGCUCCCAUGCCUUACUGGUCUCUAGGGUUUCACCAAUGUCGAUGGGGCUAUCAUAACCUCUCUGUAGUUGAAGAUGUUGUUGAGAACUACAAGAAGGCCAAGAUCCCACUGGAUGUAAUCUGGAAUGAUGAUGAUCAUAUGGACGGCCAUAAGGAUUUCACUCUCAACCCCAUCAAUUACCCUCGUCCAAAGCUUCUUGCAUUCCUUGAAAAAAUACAUAGCAUAGGCAUGAAAUAUAUCGUCCUUAUUGAUCCUGGGAUUGGUGUUAAUUCCAGUUAUGGUGUAUACCAAAGAGCAAUUGCCAAUGAUGUAUUUAUCAAGUAUGAGGGGGAGCCCUACUUAGCCCAAGUGUGGCCUGGGGCUGUUAAUUUCCCAGACUUCCUCAACCCUAAAACUGUGGCAUGGUGGGGUGAUGAAAUUCAACGUUUUCAUGAACUUGUCCCUGUUGAUGGCCUCUGGAUUGACAUGAAUGAAGCUUCAAAUUUCUGUAGCGGGAAGUGCACAAUUCCAGAAGGCAAGCAGUGUCCAAGUGGGACAGGACCUGGUUGGGAAUGUUGCUUGGACUGCAAGAACAUAACUAAGACAAGAUGGGAUGAUCCACCAUAUAAUAUAAAUGCUUCAGGGUUACAGGUACCAAUAGGGUUCAAAACUAUUGCGACUAGUGCAGUUCACUACAAUGGUGUUUUAGAGUAUGAUGCUCAUAGUCUUUACGGCUUCUCUCAAGCUAUAGCAACUCACAAGGCACUCCAAGGACUCGAGGGAAAACGACCAUUUAUACUGUCUCGCUCUACUUAUGUUGGUUCAGGAAAGUAUGCUGCUCAUUGGACCGGUGAUAAUAAGGGUACUUGGGAAGACUUGAAGUAUUCAAUAAGUACAGUGCUGAACUUUGGUAUAUUUGGGGUUCCAAUGGUUGGUGCAGAUAUAUGUGGCUUCUAUCCUGCUCCAACAGAAGAAUUGUGUAACCGUUGGAUCGAAGUCGGUGCUUUCUACCCUUUCUCUAGGGAUCAUGCAAAUUACUACUCUCCUAGACAGGAGCUGUAUCAAUGGGAGAGUGUAACCAAAUCUGCUCAAAAUGCUCUAGGUAUGCGGUAUAAGCUUCUUCCUUACCUCUACACUCUGACCUAUUUUGCUCAUAUAAGUGGAGCACCAAUAGCUAGGCCACUUUUCUUCUCAUUUCCUGCUUUCAAAGAAUGUCAUGGGCUGAGCACCCAGUUCUUACUAGGAAGUAGUCUCAUGGUGUCUCCAGUCCUUGAGCAGGGGGAAACAAAGGUUAAAGCACUUUUCCCCCCAGGCUCUUGGUACAAUGUAUUUGAUAUGACUCAAACCGUUGUGUCAAAGGGACAGUACUUUACCCUCGAUGCGCCCUUGCACGUGGUUAAUGUGCAUUUAUAUCAGAAUACCAUACUACCAAUGCAACAGGGUGGAAUGAUCUCCAAGGAAGCCAGAAUGACACCCUUCACUCUCAUAGUGAGUUUCCCUGCUGGUGCAAGCAAAGGAGAAGCCAAAGGAAGCCUCUAUCUCGACAAUGACGAACUUCCAGAAAUGAAACUUGGAAACGGGUAUUCAACUUAUGUGGAGUUAUAUGCAACCCUGGACCAGGGAAUUGUGAAGGUUUGGUCUGAAGUUGAGGAGGGCAAGUUUGCUUUAGACAAGGGUUGGAUAAUUGAGAAGGUAACUGUGUUGGGGGUUGGUGGAAGAGAAACGAUAUCUGCUCUUGAAAUUAAUGGAAGUUCCGUAGCCCCUGAUGCUUGCAACGUAGAAUUGAGCUCAAUGAAACAAAAGCACCUGCGAGAUCUUGAAGAUGGACAAGAAAAUAGCAAAUCCUUGAUGGUAAAUAUUACAGGUUUGAAAUUACCUGUUGGAGAGAACUUUUCCAUGUCCUGGAAAAUGGGGAUACAAGGCUGAUAAUUUUCUCCCGACUUUUGGUCUCGUUUUAAGCUUUUCAUUGUUGAGGGUUAAAACUUCAUUACAUGCUUGUUCAUUGAUGCUUGUAGUUUAAAAUGCCGAUUGCAAAUUUGAGGUCUCCUAUAUUUAGCUUUCAA